UCCGUGGAGCACUUGAAGGCAGCAUGUUACCCAGAGACCGCCGGUCGUUUGCGCCCGGUGUUUCUCCGCCAUUGGCAGCGCUGUUUCGUCCACCUACAUUAUCGGGGAGAAACCGUAGGGAGAGCCAGCCAACUGGAGGUGGAGUCUGAAGGUGGGGAGGGAGAAGAAAGGGGAGAGGAGCAGAACGGGGAAAGGCAGAUACAACACAAACGGGGGGAGGACGGUGGAUGAUUUACGCUUUAAAAGUUGCAUUACAACAAAUCUGAGAGUUGCGGCGAAGAGGAAUAACACAAGAUGAUAACACCCUACUUCCUAGAGAAUUUCUGGGGGGAAAAAAAUAAUGGCUUCGAUGUGCUCUACCAUAACAUGAAGCAUGGCCAAAUUUCCUCCAAGGAGCUGACAGACUUCAUCAGAGAAAGGAGUACGAUUGAAGAGGCCUAUGCCAGGUCAAUGACCAAACUUGUCAAGUCAGCUGGCAACUUUUCUCAGCUUGGGACAUUUGCUCCAGUGUGGGAUGUGUUCAAGACCUCAACAGAGAAGCUGGCCAGCUGCCACAUGGAGCUGGUGAAGAAGCUGCAGGAACUUAUAAAAGAGGUUCAGAAGUAUGUGGAAGAGCAGGCCAAAGCACACAAAAAGACAAAAGAAGAGGUGGCUUCCACCCUGGAGGCCGUCCAGAACAUCCAGACCAUAUCUCAGGCUCUACAGAAAUCCAAGGAGAACUACAACACCAAAACUGUGGAGCAGGAGCGCCUCCGUAAAGAGGGGGCCACCCAGAGAGAUGUGGACAAGGCUGGUGUGAAAGCCAGAAAAGCCACAGAGGCCUACAAGUCAUAUGUGGAGAAAUAUGCCACAGCAAAGUCAGAAUUUGAACAGAAGAUGGCAGAAACUGCACAGAAAUUCCAAGACAUUGAGGAAAGCCACAUUCUCCACAUGAAGGAGAUCAUUCAGUCAUACUCACAGUCUGUCGAAGAGACACACAUGCAGAUUGGAGAGGUUCACAAUGAAUUUGUGAGGAACAUUGAAAACACCUCAGUGGAGGGUUUAAUACAGAAGCUGGCUGAGAGCAAAGGAACCGGCAAGGAGAGACCAGGGCCCAUUGAGUUUGAGGAGUGCAAUACAGCUAUUGCUACUGAAGGUGCCAAACCCAGAAGGCGCAAACCAUUUGGCAUCCCAGGUCGUAGGAAAGAUAAGGACACGGACUCCACGGAGUCUACAGAAGUUGAAGCUGCUAACACCGCCAAUGGUGCUCCCCCUGGAUACUAUGGGGCCAUAGACAAUCAGAACGCUAAUGUUCCCCAGGUUGAUGCUGAGGGCUUUUGUAUCAGACCAGAGGUAAAUGAUAACGAUGCCAAAGAGAACUCCUUCUAUUCGUCCAGCGACUCAGAGGAUGAAGAUGAGCCCAGGAAGUUUCACGUAGAAAUCAAGCCUGUUCAGCCAAACAACGGCGCACAUCAGAACCGAGCCACCAUUGACGAACUUAAAGCCUCCAUUGGAAACAUCAUCCUGUCUCCCUCAAACUUGGGACAGAUGCGGAGGAACCAGUCCAGUGAUGAACUGGCAAAGACCAGGGUACCAGCAUCAUUUGAACUGACCAACAAUGACUUUCUGUCUCUGGACCCGUUCAGUCCAAAUCUAGCAGCAGGCUCCUCCUCCUCCGUGUCCUCAUCAGCAGCUGAGACAGUGCUGAGACAGGAGCGCGCUCCUCCCUUGGCGGAGAGCCAACAGUCCAAAGAUGUGUCCUCUUUUUCUUCAUCAACAUCCUCUCCCUGGGAUUCACCAGAAAACCCUUUCCAAGCACUCAAACCCUUACCAGCGAGGGCCCAGAGCGCCCCCAUCACCCUGCCGACUGACCCAGUUGACCCCAUCAAAAGCCCGGCUGCUGCUAGCCCUCCAAAGAGCAGCAAAGCCUUCUCCUCUGUGUCCUGGUCCCAGAGCCAGUGGAUUUCCUUCAGUGAUGGGUUCGCUCCCCCUUUCCGUCAGAGCGUAGGGUCGGCUGUGAAGGAGCUCCAGAGGCCUCAGUCCAGCUCUGGCAGGUCAAAACGCUUUCUCUCUGAUGACUCUGCUGAAGCACCGGGCAGCAGAGAGGACAGCAGCCCCAGCUGUUCUGUCUUCUCUGGGAUCACAGACAGGGCGAUGGCAGCAGCUCAGUCAAGCAGAAUAUUCAAUGUUCCAGUACCGAACCGACCUCCGACCCCUUUGACAGCUGGAGCCCUGGUGCCCCCACCGCGACCCUCCUCCAGGCCCAAGCUCCCAAGUGGAAAACUCACAGGAAUCAAUGAGAUUGCUCGGCCAUUCAGCCCACCCAAACUGUCCAAUGCCAGCCCUUCUCCUCCUGCGCCACUUGCCCGGGCAGAGAGCUCAUCCUCCUUGUCCUCAAAUACCUCUCUUAGCGCCGCAAACACCCCCACUGUUGGGACGUCUCGCGGUCCCAGCCCUGUGACCCUGGCAUCCCAAGAUGCUUUGCCCAUUGCUGUGGCCUUCACAGAGUCUGUUAAUGCUUACUUCAAAGGAGCUGAUCCCACUAAGUGCAUUGUGAAAAUCACAGGAGAUGUGACUCUGUCCUUCCCCGUGGGCAUAAUCAAGGUGUUUACCUCCAACCCCUCCCCAGCUGUCCUCACCUUCAAGCUGAAGAACACCAGCAGAUUGGAGCAGAUUCUACCCAACCAGCAGCUACUAUACAGUGAUCCUUCCCAAAGCGACUUAAAUUCUAAGGACUUCUGGUUCAACAUGCAAGCACUGACGGGCUACCUCAGAAAAACGUCAGAUCUGAAUCCUUUGUCCUCCUUCUACAAUGUGGACAUCCUAAAAUACCAGGUGUUAUCUGAUGGGAUCCAUUCCACUCCUCUCAACCUGGCUGUAUACUGGAAGUGUACACCCAGUACGACGGACCUGCGACUAGACUACCGCUACAACCCGGAGUCCAUGGCCUGUCCCGGGCCGCUCACCAACGUACAGAUCUUAGUGCCUGUUGAUGGAGGAGUCACCAACGUGCAGUCUGUGCCCAGCCCUAUAUGGAAUUCAGAACAGAAUAAGUGUUUGUGGAAGCUAAGUGACAUCUCAGAAAAGACAGAAAAUGAAGGUGCUGGUUCUCUGAGGGCCAAAUUUGACCUGUCAAAUGGCCCAUCGAACCCCUCCACUCUGGCAGUGCAGUUUAUGAAUGAGGGGAGCACCCUGUCAGGAGUGGACAUGGAGCUGCAGGGGACUGGAUACAGACUCUCUCUCAACAAGAAGAGGUUUGCCACAGGUCGAUAUAUGGCUGAUUGCUGAGGUGACCCACCGCUCUCAAGAAAAAAAAAAAA